AUGUCUGACCAACAGAAGCCGGACGCACAGCCCAAGCUGGAGGAGCAAGAACAGAAGUUGACUCCGGCACAGCUGAAGAAGAAGGCAAAAGAGGAGAAGCAAGCACGGAGAGCCGCGCAGAGAGAACAGCAGGGAGGAGCUGCGGCAGGGCCAUCCACGGCAGGAUCCUCUGCAGCCGCAGGAGGUCCAAACGGCGUUCAAGGCCACGCUCAAGCUAGUCACCAAGGGUCUGCAGCGACACCGCAGCAGAGACCAAGAGGCGAGAGGCAACAACAGCAGCAAAGAGGUUCGCAAAGAAGCAGCGGCUCAGAGCAGGCAGCCUUACCGGUACGGAACACAAGACCGUCCCAGAGCGGUGGUGCACCUCCGAGAGAGCAGGCGAAAAAGGAGAAGAAGCCAGAGACCAAGCAAGUUGAGUUGUUCAGCCACUUGUACACACAGCCGCGCCGUCACAAUGUGGAAGGGGUGUCCAAGGAUGUUCAUCCUGCUGUGCUCGCGCUUGGUUUCCAGUUGAGCAGCUACGAGAUUUGCGGGAGCAGCGCACGCUGCGUGGCUAUGCUGCUUGCGUUCAAGGAGGCCAUUCAGGAAUACACCACGCCCACCGGUACCUCCCUAGCACGGCACUUGACAUCACAUUAUCUCUCACCACAGAUCGACUUUCUCAAAUCAUGUCGUCCCAUUUCGGAAUCGAUGGGUAACGCGAUUCGUUGGCUCAAGAAACUCAUUGUGGAAAUCGACCCGGAUACUUCAGAACAAGAGGCCAAGGACUACUUGUGCGACUCGAUUGACAGGUUCAUUCAAGAACGCAUCAUGGUCACUGACCAGGCCAUCGCGACCACGGCGAGCAAGCAAAUCAAAGACGGGUCGGUCGUCCUGACAUAUGCUAAAAGCUCGCUUGUGGAGAAGACGAUCCUACAGGCACACGCCCAGGGCAUCCAAUUUCGAGUCAUUGUGGUCGACUCACGUCCGCUGUUCGAAGGCAAGCGGCUUGCUGCAUCACUCAUGAACGCUGGUUUGCAUGUGGAAUACCUGCCGUUCUCUGGCAUUGUGCGUGCCGUCUCCGGUGCGACCCUCGUCUUACUUGGUGCCCACUCCAUGUUGUCCAACGGUCGCUUACAAUCCCGCGUGGGUACCGCUGCUCUGGCAAUGGCUGCUCACAAAGCAGCCAUUCCCGUCAUCGUCUGUUGCGAAUCCGUCAAGUUCAGCGGAAAAGUUGCCCUGGACAGUGUUGUCAUCAACGAAGUCGCGCCUCCUGAGGAACUGCUGUUCCCAGAGACUGCUUCGACACAAACAAACAAUACACCAGCCAACGAGGAAGGCGAUGAAGCCAAGCUGAAGAGUUUGCGUGACUGGAAGGAGAUUCCCAACCUGCAAAUCUUGAACAUCAUGUACGAUGUUACCCCGGCGGAGUACAUUCGAAUGAUCAUCUGCGAGUAUGGCAGCGUACCACCAAGCUCGGUGCCGGUCGUGCAUCGCAUUGCGAACGAGGGCAUCUGA